AUGGGUCGUAAUCUUUUCAAGGGGAAGAUUAAAAAUAUAGCAACAAAAAGGAAAAGCAUGAGUAGAAGGAUGGAAAAUGUGAGAUUACAUAAAAGGAUCAUCUUAGCAGAUAUUCAGAAUAUUAAAACUAGUGAACUUUCAUUACUGGACGACUCUAUUGACAAUACAAAUAUACAAAGAACUUUAUUUGCUACUUCAUCUGUUCUCUCCCCUAUGGAGUCACAACCAGGAUGUAGCUUUUGGGACGAAAGUAUUUCUAAAAGUAAAGUAGAUUCUGUUAACAAUUCACAAGGAAUACAUUUAGAAGUGGGAAACAGUAAUGAGGUCACUUUGUCUGGAAGGCGCAUAGUAGACAUAAAUUAUGUUUUUAAACAAAUACUGUCAGGGAAGAAACAUACCCCGUUUGACUGCAGUAUAAGCGAUAUGAAAGUAAUAAAUGAAUUUAGAAAUGGGUACAUAUCAACAUUUAUGCUGCAAUGUAAAAUGUGCAAUAUUAUAGAACAAAUACACACAGAAGAUCCAGGGAAUGUAGGCAAUGAUACGGAUAUUUUAAAUAUUAAUUCAGCAAUAACGCUUGGAGCUAUUUCCACAGGAAUUGGUUAUUCAACGUUAGAAGAAAUGUUUGCUGCCAUAAAUAUGCCGUCAAUGGCGGAAAAAAAGAAAACGAAAAGCAGCUCAAAAAAUUGCUUGGUUCCAAUAGUGCUACGAAAAGAAUUAGAAAAAAAUUCAAAGAGGUUAAGAAUAUGUAUAAAUAAGGCUAUUAAACAUAGAAUAGCAGAAGAUAUUCCAAUGGUUAAAAAAAUAGAGUACCUUAGGAAAGACAUCUUAAACGUACCUUCGCACGUAUUUGGGGAGCACGCACAGUGCAAAGAAAUUAAAUAUUUUAAAUGCAGUGAAACGAAUAAACCAGAAACUAAUUUAAUUCCAGCUAUGACUGACUGCGGUUUAUACAGAGAUAUUCACAUAUUUUUAAACCGGCUACUUAUUAAUGUAGAUAGUCUUAUUGCUGACCUGGAUACAAAUGUCGCAGAACAUUAUAAUUCUGUAGUAUGCAAAUUUGUUGGAGGGAAAAGGGUUAAUUUUUCCAAACGUCGGUCAUAUCAAAGUAGAUGUGAAGCGGCAUGUAUUUCUUUUAAUAAAGGUGCUGAUUAUUACGGUUCAAUUCAUAAGAAUUAUAUUGUCCGAAGUCCAAACAUAUUUACGCAAAAAUAUAUGGAAAAAGUUAACAGAAGACGAAUGAGAUAUAGAGAGAUGAAAAAACAAAGAAAAGCUCGAAGACAACUAUUACGAUCUAAAAGAGAAAAUGCUCCUGCUGAUAAGCACUACGGUGCAACUGCAGAAAACAUUUACUUUGAUGAAGCGUUUUGGAAAACAAUGCUAAAAAAAUUAGAAAUAUUUUAUUUUAAAUGUAUUCUUCCAGAAUUAUUAGAUUCCAGAAUGCGCAGGGGACUUGAAAUGAGAAAAAUAUUUUUACAAGGAAAAGAGAAUAUAUGCAAAUGA